CGCUGAGCAGUUCAGCUGUGUGACAGUCUGCUUUAUUUCAGCUUCAGUUACUGAACCAUAAUAUGGUACAUAUAAUUAAAGUUAGUUGGGUUGUUUUGCUCUACGCAGCCUGUCCACUGACCAACUGCCAGUUUAGUUCAUAGUUCAGGUUCAGUACAGCUGGUUUAGUUCAGAUUCAGUUCCAGAUUCAGAGCUGUGAUAUGGUUGAGACAGAGAAGUUUCCAGCAUCGCUUUACUGCCUCCUGCUUCUGCUCUCUGGAGUCUCCUCUUACACUGAGUUCGAGAUCUCAGUGCCCAGCGGUGGUCAGGUCGGGGUUUAUGGGCAGUCCGUGGUUCUGUCCUGCAGCUUUCCCACCGGAGGCUCCUGGGAUGUGAGCAGCAGCGUGUUCAUGUGGCAGCGUGGCCUGGAGGUGGUCCACAGCUUCUACCACAGCCAUGACCAGCUGGACCAACAGCAUCAUCACUAUGCCAACCGUACCAGACUGUACCACCAGGAGAUGGCGAAGGGAAAUGCAUCACUCAGGCUGGACCGGGUCACCCUGGAGGAUGAUGGAAUAUACACCUGUUCGGUCAGCACACAGAUCGGCAGCCAGAACAAAAGCUUCAGUCUGAAAGUAGCAGCCUUCUACCCGGAGCCUCAUCUGCACAUCAACCUGUUGAGCAAUGGGCAGGUGGACCUCCUGCUGACAUCACAGGGAGGUUACCCCUCCCCAUUGCUGCAAUGGCUGAUGGGAAACAUGGAGGACAUCACAGAAGAAACGCAAACACAGCUGGAGCAGGACCAACACACCAGGCUCUACAGCGUCAAGAGUAAGCUAAACCUCAAACGGGGCAGCAACUCCUCCAUCACCUUCAUCCUGAAGAACCAAGAUCUGGGGCAGGAGAUCAGACGGAACAUCGACCUGUUCUUAGAAGACGGAGCUGGUGGUCCACUAUCAGGAGACAGGGGACAUUAUGUUCUCCUUGGAGCUCUGAUCACUCUCCUCACAGCCGGCCUAGCAGUGUUAAUUAUCUUUUUCCUCAGACGACGGACACAGAAAAGCACAACAAAAACAUUAUUCAGAGCCGUCACCUCCGCUGACGAAGAGCAAUCUAUAAACCACCAAAAUGGAAAACCACCGCAUUGAGUUUGUUAUUUUCUCGCCUUGGAUGAAGAGACUGUAUCACUGCAGUGUCAUCACUGCUGACCAACGAUGGACGUUUUGAGUGGAGAUGGUGAUCGGUCACUUGCACAGUCUGAAAGAAGCCAUGCAUCAAGUCCAUUUUAUACCGCACUGCUAACAGUCCUGGGUUACACAUUUCAUGUCUUUUUUGGUGUUUUCUGUGAGUGACAUGCCAGAGAUUUCCAUCUAGAAGCGCUUUAUAAAACCAUCCUUCAGGGCUCCGUUGCUCAGUCAAGGUCCGUCAGUCCUGAACACCUUGUUUUCCUGCUGCAGCUGAUGUAAGCUAGUCUAGUGCUCGUCAGUCUUUAGAGGAGUCAAACAUUUGUUCAGAGCAGCAGUAAGAUUUGAUUGGCAGCUAAAGGAUUUUCAUUUGCUGCUCAAAGUGGAAGUUAAUGACACAUCAGUGCAGCCUGUAUUAAAGUGUAAAAUGAUGCACAUUUAUGAGAUUUCAGCAGAGAAAAGCGAAAGAUGUUGUGUUUCCAUCCACUACAGUAAUGUGAAGAAACUUCAGAUGGCGCCGGUGAUUAGGAGCUGCGCUGAAACAAACAGGAUGGAGAGAUUUAACUUUGUUUCUGCUUCAGUAGAAUCACCUUUACAGCCAUUUGCCUUUUUAUAUUAUAUUUGAUUUUUUUUGGAUGUGUUACAAUGACCCACUAAUGAGGGCUGAAAUCUCCCACCAUUAAGUUGUCGAAAGUGACAUUUGAAAAGCUCUGCGCUACAAUCAGUCCGUCUGAUUCAAUAUGAAUAGGUUAUUACAAAACCUAUUCAUAUUGAAUUAUUCCAGUCUGUUGUUAUCGCUGGCGAUAGCUGAUUUCUGAGGGUAAGAAAGCCUUUUUUCAGUGUUGCAUUAAUAUAAACUGUUCAGUUACAGCAGAUUUUACCUCCACUGUGUUUAAGGAGUGUCAGUUACAUCCUGCCCUGAUGUCCAAACCGUGUGAAAUAGAAAGUGAGAGGGACGAUCACUAAAGCUGCAUCAGAGUGAAAGUCUAAUAGACUUAGACUUAGACAGACUUUAUUGUCACUCAAAUUUACACCGUACAGUGCACAUUAGAAUGAAACUAUGUUGCAUAGGCUCAGAGUAGAUCAGAAGAAUUAUAAAUAAUACAAUGUAGUGCAAUGUAGUGCAGAGUGUGGUGCAUAUGUAAACAUAUUUAUGUCAACAGAUAACUAAAUUUUAAAUAAGUAUAUAUACAAGAGGGUGUAUUGCACUGUAGCUCCCAGGUAUGGAGUAAUCAAAAAAGAAUUGAAGCAGCAUUUAUUUAGAGUUCAGCAGUCUUAUUGCAUGUGGGAAGAAGCUGUUUUUGAACCUGGCUGUUCUGCUUCGAAGACUUCAGAACCUCUUUCCAGAGGCUAACAGCGAGAACAGUCCAUGGUGGGGGUGGGAGGGGUCUCUGUUUAUGAUCUGAGCUCUGGUCAGACAGCGACUUGUUGCAAUGUCCUGUAUGGUAGGAAAGUGAAGUCCCAAUAAUUCUCUCUGCUGUCCUUACCACCCUCUGCAGAGACUUCCAGUCAGAGGUGCUGCAGGCUCCUGCCCAGACAGUGAUGCAACUGGUCAGUAUGCUCUCUACAGUGCCUCUGUAGAAGGUGGUGAGAAUCGGAGGGGGGAGGUGUGCUCUUUUCAUCCAUCUCAGGAAGUGCAUGCGCUGCUGGGCUCUUUUGACCAGAGCUUCAGUGUGAGUGGACCAGGUCAAAGUGUCCGUUAUGUGUACCCCAGGAACUUGGUUUUACUAACUAUCUCCACUGCUGUGUCCUUGGUGAGGAGUGGUGUGUGGUUGGGUUGGGUCCUCCUGAAGUCGACGAUGAUCUCUUUGGUUUUCUCGACAUUCAGGACCAGGUUGUUGGUUUCGCACCAGUCAACCAAAUGGUUCACCUCCUCUCUGUAGUCCAGGUCGAUGUCGUCCUGAAUUAGGCCCACUACUGUCGUGUCAUCUGCGAACUUCACGAUGUGGUUGGUAGUGGACCUGGCACAGCAGUCGUGGGUCAUCAGGGUGAACAGCAGCGGGCUCAGGACGCAGCCCUGAGGGGAGCCGGUGCUCAAAGAGAUGACACUGGAGACGUUGUUGCCCACCCGCACAGACUGAGGUCUAUUUGAUAGGAAGUCCAGCAGCCAGUUACACAGGUGGGUGCUGAAGCCAAGGGGGGCCAGUUUGCUUAUCAGAUGUUGUGGGAUGAUUGUGUUAAACGCUGAGCUGAAGUCCAGAAACAGCCUGCGCACAUGUGUAUUUCUUCCUUCCAGAUGUUCUAAGCUCAGGUGAAGUGCAGAGGAGAUGGCGUCCUCUGUGGAGCGAUUUGGGUGGUAAGCAAACUGGUACGAGUCUAAUGUGGGAGGGAGUUUGGAGGUGAUGUGGUCCUUUACCAGCCUCUCGAAACACUUCAUCAUGAUGGGGGUGCUACAGGGCGGUAAUCACUGAGGGAGGAGAUUGUGGGUUUUUUGGGCACUGGUAUGAUUGUGGCAGUCUUUAGGCAUGAUGGUAUGACAGCCUGUUUCAGUGAGGUGUUAAAGAUGUCUGUGAGAAUCCCAGCCAGCUGAUCAGAACAUUCCUUCAGCAACCAUCCUGGUAUGUUGUCGGGGCCCAAUCCUAUCAGCUAAUCCUGACUGUGUUGAUGUUACUGGGAAUUCUGUUAUUACAGAGCUGUUUCACUGUAUUAGUUUAUUAACAUGGACUAGAAUGAUUUCAGCACAGUGAGUGAUUCUCUAACAGUGCAUUAUGGGAUAUAGCAUUUGAUUAUUUUAUAACAGUGCUACAAAUGUUUAAAUAUUUACUUCCUUUUACAUUAAGAGGUAAUUUUUUACAGUUUGUACCAAGUAGACACAUUUAAAAUAAAAACUGAAUUCUAAAUCUUAAA